ACUGCCCGUCUGUGUACUUCUUAUCUCCCACGAUGCUUCGGCAAAUGUUGUUGUCGAGACGGGUCACCGCACCCUCUUUUCUCGGGAAGAAAACGGGGGUGCGGCGAUACGUCAACACGGCAGCAGGAUCGGGCGGACGACGCCAAAACCAACGGACUGCUACAAGCGUACUUCCGACGACGCAGCGGAAGAGCAGCGGCAGCAGCAGCCCGGCACUAAUGCUAUCAACGUCGGCUGCUGGGGAUGUACGGGAUACGGUCAUCAUCGGCAGUGGGCCUGCUGGCUAUACGGCAGCGCUUUACACCGCCAGGGCCCAGAUGAAGCCGCUCAUGAUCGCCGGCUUCCAGCAUGGAGGACAGCUCCAGCUGACGUCAGACGUGGAGAACUUUCCGGGGUACGCAGAGGCAGUGUCGGGCCCCGAUCUCAUGGAAGAUCUCCGAAAACAGGCAGAGCGCUUCGGCACGGAAAUGAUGUACAGGGACGUGACCUCGGUGGAUCUGUCCCGCAGACCCUUCAGGGUAUCGGUUCGGAAGCGUGAAUUCUUCGCCAAAUCGAUCAUCAUUGCUACCGGAGCGGAGGCGAUCUGGCUUGGGGCUGAGGGGGAAGAGCAGGUCAAGGGGAGGGGCGUCAGCACGUGCGCCACAUGCGAUGGCGCCUUCUACGAAGGCAAGGAGGUUGUGGUCGUAGGCGGGGGCGAUAGCGCGAUGGAAGAAGCUCUUUUUCUUACUAAGUUCGCCUCGAAGGUAACCAUUGUGCACCGAAGGGACGGCUUUCGGUCUAGUAGGAUCAUGCUGGAGCGAGUGAAGGACAACCCCAAGAUUCAUCUCAAGCUGCACCGUACGGUCAAGAAGUGGGUUUCCGAAGGAGGCGAUCUCUCCGGAGCCGAGCUAGAAGACCCGCGAGGGCAGGACGCGGUGGAACUCCUGCCGUGCAGCGGGGCGUUCCUAGCCAUAGGCCACAAGCCGAUGACAAAGUUUUUACACAGCAUCAGCAGCAGCAGCGGUGGUGGACCAGCUGAAGCCAAGGAGAGUAGUAGCAGUAGCGUGGUAGAGCUAGACGAGGACGGCUUUGUGGUGCACAAGCAGCACACCAUGACCAGCGUCGAAGGCGUGUUUGCGUGCGGGGACGUGGUGGAUCGUCGUUACCGGCAGGCGAUAAGCGCCGCGGGGAUGGGGUGCCAGGCGGCGAUAGACUGCGAGAGGUGGCUCGCGGAGGAGGAAGGGGGGGGGGCGUGA